AAUAAAAAUAAAACCAAAUAAAUUAAAUAAUCUAAUUUGAAAAGUCCUAGAUCGUGAAAUGUUGCAAUCAAUAAAUAAAAAUGCAAUACUUUAUUACGUAAUAUAUUUGUUUCGUUUGGUCUGCUAUGUCUGCCCAUAAUAGAGCGCAAUAGUCUGGUUCUGCAAGUAAAAAUCCCAUUCAUUUAUUCAUUUUCUCCAUAGGCAAAUUGAUUUUUAACUUACAAACCUUUAAAGACAGACCAACCAUGAGCUCCGAGGUUGUUAAUCUAUGGUAUACUUCUGUUUAAAAAUCAUGUUUGAUAGUGUAAAUUAUGGUAAACAACUAUUACCCAUGGUCCAGCAGAGAAAGAUCCACCAAUCAGAGAACCGUGGCCAACGAAACCCGCAAAACGUGCCUCGGAGCGACCGCCCACUCCCGUGACGCACUGUGAAUGACGCAAUCGAGUCGGUCUCCCUUCACCCUAAAACUACUUAUAUAUUUGUACAUAUCGGGAUAUUUUGCAAUAAAUGUAAAAUAUAUUGUUUUUAUACUUAUAAUCAACAUCCUAAAAUGUAUAGUUUUAUAUAUCCCAUCGUUUUAUAUUCAAUGACAUCAUUCACAAUACUUCAUGGGAUUGUAGUUCUUGCCCUAAUGAAAGACGUUUGGCUUUCCUGGAUUCAGUUUUUAUUUAUAUGAUUCAAGGCACAUUCACUGAAACUCUGCAGCUGGCAUCUUAAAUGUGUAUUUAAAUGAGCGAAGGAUGGCGGACAUAAGGACAUAUAACGUUGUCAUUUUGGGAAUAGGAUUUUUGCUCAUUUUUACAGCCUUCACCACCUGUGGAAAUAUCGAACAAACAGUGGUGAAAAGCUUGAAUAACACAACCUUCAGUGGGAGUGGGUAUCACAGCCUUGGAAUAAUAUAUGGAGUUUUUUCAUUCUGUAAUUUAUUAGCUCCCACCAUUGUUGCAAUAACUGGACCACAGCUCACAAUGUUUUUGAGCGGAAUUCUUUAUAGUGGUUAUAUAGCUGUAUUCAUCAUUCCAUCCACAUGGUCCUUUUAUUUUACAUCAGUGCUAAUUGGCAUUGGAGCAGCCAUGCUUUGGACGGCUCAAGGGCAUGUUCUAUUGGAGAACUCCGAUACGUCCACCAUUAACAGGAACACAGGAAUGUUUUGGGCUUUACUGCAGUGCAGUAUGGUGUUUGGCAAUUUAUAUGUGUAUUUUGAUUGGAAUGGAAAAACUGAAAUUUCAGAUAACGACAGAAAGAUUAUGUUUGUGGCCCUGCUGGUUAUCUCGGUACUCGGGACACUAAGUUUCCUUGCCCUGAGGAAGGUUCGUGAACUGGAAGAUGCUCUCUCUGAAGAGGAGGGCCAGUCUCUGUUAUCAGCACGACUCAUAUAUAAACAAAGAGUAACUUCUGCUGUGACGGAAGCCAAAACAGAGUUUAAGACCAUUUUGGAUAUCUUCAGAACAAAAACCAUAUUAUUAUUAAGUUUCUGCAUGGCAUACAGUGGUUUGGAGCUGUCGUUUUACAGUGGCGUGUAUGGAACUUGCAUUGGAGCUACGACACAUUUUGGAGAAGCAGCAAAAGGCUUGAUUGGCAUUUCAGGCAUUGUAGUGGGAAUUGGAGAAAUAGUUGGGGGAGGAUUGUUUGGCCUUGUAUUGAAGAAUAACCGUUUCAGGCGCACCUCAGUGGUCUUCUUAGGGAUGGUUGUGCACUUUGUGGCCUUCUACCUGAUAUUCCUCAACAUACCAGAUGAUGCUCCUGUGGUUCUCAAAACCAGCUCGCAACAUAAGCCAUAUAUGGCACCAAGUGUGUCCAUUGCCCUGCUGUGCAGCUUCUUGCUUGGUCUUGGGGACAGCUGUUUCAACACUCAACUUUACAGCAUCCUGGGACGGGUGUAUGUUGAACAUAGUGCACCAGCCUUUGCUAUAUUCAAAUUCACACAGUCCAUUUUUGCAGCAGUGGCGUUCUUCUACAGCGGUUAUGUGCUUCUGACUUGGCAGCUCCUCAUUAUGGUCAUCAUGGGCUUCACAGGAACGCUGUGCUUUUUCAUAGUGGAGAGGUUGCAGAAUGUGUCAGCUGAUACACAGGAGUAUUAGGCCCUUUCAUUGCGCCAUUGCUCAUGAUAAGUAAGCGGUCAUACCACUUGCACUAUUUGUUUGUUUGAAUUAAGAUGAACUUCUUAGCAUAAAGCACUACUCGUGAAUUUGUAAGAAGGUAACUUUGUUUUUUCUUUUUGGACCUUAAAGGGACAGUUCACCCAGAAAUGAAAAUUCUGUUAUCAUUUACUCACCAUCAUGUUGUUCCAAACCUGUGAUUUUUUUUUUUGUUUUUUUGUUUUUUUGUCUUAUCUGUGGGACACAAGAGGAGAUGGCAGAAUGUCCAUAUGUUUUAUGGAAAAAAGAUGCAAUGAAAGUGAAUGGUGACUGAGUCUAACAUGCUGUCUAACAUCUCCUUUUGUGUUCCAUGGAAGAAAGGAAGUCAUAUGGCUUUUCCCACCAACAUGAGGGUGAAGAUUUAUUUAUGGGUGAACAAUCCCUUUAAAGUUUAGAUGCAACUAAAACAAACAUUUUUCAAUGUUUACUUUGUGUGAUAGAAUAAUGUUGGGAACAAGAACACUUUGUGCACAAUAUUUGAUAUUUAUUUGAUGGGAUUGUAUUGGGAAUCAUUGAAAUCAUGCCUUACAAAUAUAUUACAUUUACAGUAGGCCCAAGUUAAGUUUCAUAUUUGUAAAAUAAUGUUAGCACAAAAGUAAUGGCAAUGUCACGAGACUUUUGUGCUAACAUUAUUUUACAUAUGACGUAUGCCAUUCUCUCUUCUGUAAUUAACUUCUCAAUGGCAAUGAAAAAAAAAAGAUAUUUAAGUGCCUACACAAAGAGGAGCUGUGUUAGUCUUCUCUGAAAGCAUUUCUCUCAGGGUUCUGCUGUAUGAUUAUGCAAUUUUUAUAGGAUCUGUAAUCAAAAUGGCUAUUGAAAUAAAAAAAUAAAUAAAUUCAAACAUGAUUUUUACACUGUAUACACUAGUAUGUUUCCCAUUGUGAAAUGUUUAGCCUUUUAAACAUUGACUGUGGGUUUAAAAAAACAAACAAAAAAAAAAAAACAUAUCAGAUAAGCUGCUUCCUGGAAAUGAAAGUAUUCCUAUAGUGUCCCAAAGGCGACUAUGAUCUCAUUGGGCCUGAGGACUAUUAACACAAGUGCAGCAGACAAACAGAAAGGUUUUAAACAGGAAUCACACAGUUAUCAUAAAGGUAAUCUUCAUCACAUAUUUUGUAUCCUAUUUUUAACUAUAAGCAUAUCUUUAUACAUUACUCAAGUAUAUCUGGCUCCUUUUAAGAUUUAAAUAAAGUGGUUAGCCUGUAACAAGCAAAAUGACAAGGUCAGAAGCAACUUAAUCACAUUCUGUAGUGGAAUCCAAAACACAUUUGCAUCAAGUGUGCUGAGCACUAAACAUACCUUGUUAUACAUGCUGCAGAAUACUAUGUAAUACAGAAUUAUAAUACAGCUGUUGUGCUUCUUUUAAACAAUUGUAAAUGCUAACUGUCAGUUCUACAGCAUUGUGCAACUGUCUGUUCUGAUCAUCGCAUGGUAUCUUUAUUUGUAUUAAUAAUGGCGUAUGUUGACUUCAUGGUGAAUUAUAUUUAGGUGUCAUUAAUUUUAGGCUAUAUUUCAUAUGUUCUCAAUGUGUCAUAAAGCUUUCAAAAGUUGGUCGUGUACACCUUUGGAUGAUUUAAAUCCAUGACAUUACAUACUGUCUUUUCACAUGCGUACUCAUCUACUUGAUCCACUUGUCUGUCACACACUAGCCAACUGAAAACAUUUAUUUCACUACAUUGCAGCUAUGCAAUAAUUUAUGUGUCAUAUUGUAAUACUUGUUGUAAUUAGCCUUCUUCUGCCAGAAUUUGUUAAUUGACAAUAAAGAUGUAAUAUUAAACAUUUUUAAUGCAUUUCAAUAAAGACAACUUAAAUGUA